UUGUACUCUGACUCUCCCUGCUUCACCAUUUCCUUCUUUCCUCUGUCUCUCUCUCAAUUUUUCCUCUGUUUGGAUAGAGAGAAAGCUUUUAAGUACCGAAGAAGCGGAGAAAACUGCAAUGGCGGCUUCCAAGAAAUGGUUUUUAGCUUCUUUAGCUGUUCUGUUUUUGUUUCUUGUUGGAGCAAUGGCCACAGUACAGACCAACAACGAUUCCAGCACUGUGGAGAUAGAGAAGCUGCAGAACUCAAAAAACCCAACAAUGGCAACUAGGUCAGAAGAGGUUAAGGUCUUGAAUGAACAUGCUGUGGCUGAUCCAGAGGCCGUAGCAGCCGAGGUUGAGACCAUCAUUGACAUGAAUAUUCGAAAUGUGACGGAAAGGAGGAAGUUGGGGUUCUUCUCGUGCGGAACUGGUAAUCCCAUUGAUGAUUGCUGGCGUUGUGACCCCAACUGGCAGAAGAACCGGAAGAGACUUGCUGACUGUGGCAUUGGUUUUGGAAGGAAUGCAAUUGGGGGGCGUGAUGGACGCUUCUACGUUGUCACUGACCCUAAUGAUGAUGACCCUGUUAACCCCAAACCUGGGACCUUGCGUCAUGCUGUGAUCCAGGAACAACCACUUUGGAUUGUGUUCAAGAGGGACAUGGUUAUUAAGUUGAAGCAGGAGUUGCUGGUCAACAGCUUUAAGACCAUUGAUGGUCGUGGGGUGAAUGUCCAUAUUGCUAAUGGGGCAUGUAUCACAAUUCAAUACGUUACCAAUGUCAUUGUUCAUGGUCUUCAUAUUCAUGACUGUAAGCCCACUGGCAAUGCCAUGGUUAGAAGCUCACCCACUCACUUCGGGUGGAGGACAAUGGCUGAUGGUGAUGCAAUCUCUAUCUUUGGGUCAAGCCACGUUUGGGUUGAUCACAAUUCUCUUUCUAAUUGUGCUGAUGGUCUUGUUGAUGCUGUCAUGGGCUCAACUGCCAUUACCAUCUCCAACAAUCACCUCACCCACCACAAUGAGGUGAUGUUGCUGGGUCACAGUGACUCUUACACAAGGGACAAGCAGAUGCAAGUUACCAUUGCCUACAACCAUUUCGGAGAGGGACUUAUCCAGAGAAUGCCAAGGUGUAGGCAUGGGUAUUUCCAUGUGGUAAACAAUGACUACACUCACUGGGAAAUGUAUGCUAUUGGGGGAAGUGCAAAUCCUACCAUAAACAGCCAGGGUAACAGAUACGCAGCUCCAAGAAACCCGUUUGCAAAGGAGGUGACCAAGAGAGUGGACACAGCUGAAAGCCACUGGAAGAGCUGGAACUGGAGGUCGGAAGGAGACUUGCUGCUAAAUGGUGCAUAUUUCACUCCAUCUGGAGCCGGAGCCUCAGCCAGUUAUGCCAGGGCCUCAAGCUUGGGAGCCAAGUCCUCCUCCAUGGUUGGAUCCAUGACUUCCAAUGCUGGAGCUCUACCCUGCCGAAGAGGCAGGCAAUGCUAGUCUUUCCCAUCAUUCAAAAAGCACUACCAACCAAAUAUCCAUAUUCUCUAUAGUCUAUCCUCCCCAUCUACCAGCAUCGUCGCAUAUUCUGAUUUAAGUGUAAAUUUAUUUAUUUUUACACAUUGUCAUUAUUUUGUCCUACCCACUCCACUCAUUCUGUUUGUCAAUCUGUGCAACCUGCUUCAACUCUAGUGAACUAAAAAAUCCAUCUUAAGCGCAGGUACGCAAGCGUUGUCCUUGGUUCCCUUUUCCUGUUUUGCCCCCUUUGAAGUUUUCUGGUCUUCCUCAGCCUCCCAUCCGCGUCAAUCUUGGUCACUACCUACACUUUGGUCUUUUGGGUUUAUAGGACUUUUACUGAUUUGGUGAACUUUAUUUUAUUUGUGUAUAGUUUAUUUGUGUUUAGUCAUACAAGCAAUAGUAUGAGCGUCAAAGUUUGGAGUUAUUGAAAGACUUUGUUACAGAGAUGAUGUAUAGUCAAUAGCAGUGAUGUUUACCUUUUACUUUUCUUCGCUUUUUCUUUCUUAAUGGAAGCGAUCUUUUUACUUUUAUUA